AUGCACGAGAUACCAGAAUGCCUAAAACGACGCUACAAGGCGUUGGAUGAAUUAAUUAAAGAUCUCAGUACAUAUGGUGCAACCCAUCCUGAUCUCAAUGCUUCAUCCGAGGAUCCAGAAAUUAAGCUCAUGUGUGAAUUUUGGAAUAUUCUGAAAGAAGAUCCAGAUGUUAAUUUAAAGCAAGCUGUCCAACAACGCAUGGGCCUCAACUCUAAUAGCAGUGGUUUGUUUGGGAAAGGAUUUGAAUGUUACAUGGCUGGGUGUUGUCAGAAGAAUAGUUCAAAGAAACAAGAAAAACCAGAACCUCCAAAGCCCAGAACUUUUCUGAAGAAAAUGGCACUGACAAAUGAUCCGCGGAGAAUAUUGGAAAUAUUGGAAGAGUCAGAUGAAGACCAGUCAAAUUCUGCUUCGGACGCCGACGUUGAAGACCAUUUAUCGGAACGAAGUAACGACAGCGGCAUCGAGCAACAAGUUAGUGAUUCUGAUGCGGAAUCUUAUUCAUCAAGCAAUUUGGACCUUUUGACAUUACAAAGUCAACAAAAUCGGCGUGUUGUCCCCGUUCAUAGUUGUAAAAGUGGUUCCGAAGGUGCUAGAACUCCGCAAAAGGGGUUGUUGACUAGCAAAGAUUCAACGAGGAUUUCAUCGCCCAAGCCAGAAGAACCAUUGCACAAAGUUCUUUGUAACUUGAAAGAGGCUGCUUCAUUCGAAAAGAAAUGUCAAGGAAAAGUUAACGAAUUGUUGGACAAUCAAAAGCAGUUACAGGAGCAAAUAACAGGUUUGGAACAAAAAGAACGGGAUGGAGCCCAACUAUUGAAACAAGCGGAUUGUAUGUGGGCUUGUAUGGAGGAAUCAUAUAAACGAAAGAUAGCUGAGUCACUAGAACGGCAAAAGGGGCUAUUGAAACAGCUAAAAGAAGUAGAGGCUAGCAACAAAAAGUGGCGAAACAACAAGAAGGAUCUGGAUUUUCAACUGAAUAAUAUAACUAAAUGUCACCAGGAAAUUGUUGAACAGAUUAACGAAAAAACCAAUGACGUGAAAUGUAUUGAAAUGGAAAUAGAGAGUUUCAAAAACCGCAUAGAAAGUGAUAAGAAAGAUCUGGAUAUCGCACAAAAGUCUAUGAUUAACAAGAAGAAGGCCUCUGAUGGUAGACUGGCGACCAUAGCAUUACAAGUCACAAAAUUGGAAAAUGUUUUGAAAGAGGAGAAAAAAAUUAAGGAAGCAAAAGAGGCGGAGGGAAGAGAAUAUAUAAAGGAGGCAAGAAACGAUUUACAGAAACUCUGCAAGGUGUUGCUGCAGAAGAAACUUGAGAAUGAAGACAUGAAAGCGGAAAAAGAAGCGCUGCUGUUGGAAAUCGAAAUGCUUAAACAAACAUGCGAUCAAUGCAGAGAGAAGUGCAAGAAUAAGCAGGAGUCUUUAAUAGAAGAGAUUAAAACAAUAGAUAAAGAGAUAGCUGAAUUCAAAGUCCGUUGUCUAAGAUGUCACCAAUGUGUGGAUACCGUUGACGUUAGGAGUCUAUGUACGGAUUGUCCGAGAUGUUUGAAUGAAAGGGAAUGUUUGGUUGAUGGGGAUCACUGUAGUCCAGAUCACACAAUGGAUUGUGUCUGCGCUACCGUGAAGCAGAAGUUUUUGGAUAACGUCUUCGAUAACAUGUACACGUUGUUGGAGAGGCAAAUUAAAACUGGGCCGGGGAAAGCGGUGGCCGAAGCGGUAAUGGAUUGUCUGAAAAAGAGCAAGAACGGCAAAAUUAAUGAUCAGACUAAAAAGAUUUUGCAAGACUUUAUUUUGACGACCGUGAAGAAGAAUCUUAAGUUGACGAUAAUAGGUGGAGCUGUUAAAACCAGAUGUGAGAUGGACCCAGAGACUUACAAACAGUUAAUGUUAUGUCUAAAGGAAGUAAAGGUCACCAAGCCAGCAAAAGCCGACAAAGGGACGGAUUCUAAAAAGGAUCCCUGUAAGCGGUGGGGUGGUACGAGCGAGUGUAACUGUCCCAAAGGUCCCAAGGCUUGCGUUUGUAUCGGUAAAGGCUUAUUACCGACCGGAGAAACACAGACAUGUCCGCCACAGUCUGACAAUGAGGAUGAUGCAAAUGUCAUAUCUUGCCCAUAUCGUGAGAAUGGACCCUGCGGUAUCGAAUGCGCUGCUCGAGCGCCCGUCGACGUUGGCAGGGAAGUUGCUGCCUGGAAACCCGAUGCUUGCCAAGGUCCUUCGUGCCAGUUUAGAAAUAUGCGUGCUGCUCAGUGUGUUCUGGGACCGGAAGUGUUAGCAACUAUUUCAAGACAAGGAUUUAUCAACUCUUUCGACGCUAGUUCACCGAGGAUGUCUGGAAAACAGGCUACUUGCAAGUGCAGCGGUACUCCAACAAUACCCUGCGUUUGUCACAAGGAUCUUAGAAGUCAACCACGUCAAAAUAUUAUUCAAGAGGUAUUGGGAAGAUACACAGAUGUAACGCCUAUAGAAAAAGUAGUCUCUGUGGAUGGAAAUAGCAUCAGAGAGACAGAAGGAAAUAUUAAAGCAAGAGAUGCGAGUGUUGAUGACACUUACUAUAAUAAGUCAAUACAAUUAUGCAAUUGUUCCUGUAAUUCAAUGAUUUCCGUGAGUGAACAAGUCACGGCAAAAUAUAAUCAUAUAGAAAAGGGACAGAUAAUAAAAACUGAUGUUAAUAAUAAUUGUAAAAAUGAGCUUAUUCACAGCCUUCCAAAAAAUGAUACCGUAAAAUCAUCAUGUCAACCAAUCCAAUCACGUGGUGAAGAAAUAAACGGUGCAGGGAAGAGAAGUUCAAUACGACUUCACGUAUAUGUUGCACAAGAAAAUAUUUGCAAGGAAGUUAAUGAACUUAUGAAAAACGUGAUUGCAUUUGAUGGUACCAUUAAAUCUAAUAAUUUAUGUGAAUGGGUAUCACUAAAUUCUUUUAUAAAAGAAGUUACAGCUCUUACUCAAAUAACUCCAGAUGCAAAUUCAGAACAACUAAAUGCAAAUUUAAGCGGGAUGUGUGACCAAAGUUGUGCGGUUGUUGAAAAAUUUCUUGAUUCCAGGGAUAACCAAGAAAGCAAUAAACAUAUUACGUUUAAGAAUAUGAAUAUUGAAAAUACACAAAACGAACCAACCAAGUAUGUACAAGUGGAUGUGCGUGAUAAUAACAACAGAACUGAAAGUUCGUCAAUUUUAAAGUCUAAUGGAAAUAAUUUAAAAAUAGCAUUAAACCAAAAACUUAUAGCGUUAUUAGAAAGUAAAAUGGAGGAGAAGAAAAUUUUGCCUCUUAAAUUUAAAAAUGGUGAAAAUGGUGAACUUCUGGUUGACUUCCAGACAGAUGAUUCUAUGAGUGAGGGUGAGGCAAGAAUAUUAGCGAAAAGGUCACCAUCAGGAAAUAUUUAUUUGGAAAUCGAAAAAAAUGAAGAAAUUAAUAAACAACGGUCCAAUGGCUAUGCUAAUUCAACUAAUUCAAAUACUAAAGACGGUAAAGAAGACAGUCUAGAAAGAGAUAUAAAUUGUGCAAAUAAAAUAUUCAAAGUCAAAGUAAUUGGUACUCCAGAACUCAAUGAGAAAGAAGAGUUAUUUGCACUCAAAUCCACGCGUUCGGGUAAUUUUGAAAUAGUUCUUGAUAAAGAAUUCGAAAAAUGGUAUAAAGCAACUGUAAAGAAUCACGAGGGAGAAGAUGAUGAGUAUUAUAUGCGCUUGAAAAGUACAGAUUCUGGUAAUUACAUCCUAAACUUGGAAGACAAUAGUGAAAGCACCUUGCAUAGUAAAAAUGCAUUACUAGUGAAAUCUGAUUCUGGUAACAUAAAAGUUAUUGUUAAUGAUGCAGCAAAAAAAUCCCCUAUUAAAAAGGAGUCGUUCUCAAAAUCUAUAUUAUCUCCUAAAACAUUCAAAGAUUUGUUACAAAAGCUUCCGUCUUCUAGUAAAGAGCAUCAGACGGAAAAUAUUAAAAAGUCUCAUUUACGACCUCAAAAGUCUAUCAGCGAUUCUGGUUUAUAUGGAAGAACUAAAUUUAAUUUACAAAAUGAACAAUAUUUUCCUUCUGAUAAAACUCCUGUUCUCAAUAUGACAAGUUCUGGUGAAUUCACAGUUACCUUAAAUAAGGAAUCAAAGAAAUCAUUCAUAAAUAACCUAAAAAAAUACUUAAGCAACUCUUCUAAAGGACUAGUGCCAAUAAGAAGAAGCGUGUCUGGCGUCAUAUAUGUUGAUUUGAGUAGCUCAAAUAACUUGAGCAAUUAUGGAACAGUUAAAAUAACACCAUCCGGCAAUAUAUAUAUAACAUUAGAUGAACAAUUGGGCUUUGCGAAAGAAGUUUUUGGGAAUAAUGGAAACAGAAAAAUGAGUGGAGAGAAACAAUCUUCAGAAAAUGAGCAAAUGAGUUCUAACAAGGAAUCUGAUUCGAAAAAAUGUCAGAACUGUGACAAAUCUAUACGCUGUGAUUGUAAAAAAAUGCGUGACAAAGCAAACAAUUGGUCUUCCAAGCGUUCUGUUGAUGGAUCAUCAGAAACUCAUCCCAGUAAAUCAAAAAAAGGAGACAUUAAACAAAUAUUUAGAAAUAUUUGCGUUAAAAAAACAGAAAAAAAGAAUAAUAAAUCAAAUAGUAAGCAAAUAAUAAGCAAAGCAAAUAACUUAAGUGAGAAGAAAGCUCCACAUAUAGUAAUAAAACCGUAUGAAUGUCAACCAACUAUAAUCAAUAAUUCUAAAGAAAAUGCCUAUUCAGUAUGUCCCUAUCACAUUAAUAGAUACAAUAAGGUAUCUAACGAAAUAUUAGAAGUUUCGGGCCCAUGUCGUAAUUCAAAAAAUACGAAGGAAGAAAAUCUAUCGGCUAUCAAAGAAGAGAAACCUUUACAAAGUGAUAGGAAGGCCUUCGAUUGGGAUUCUUUGGAGUAUCUUCCACCUCAACUGCCUCCGUUCCUUACACGCUUUAAGUUUAUUUAA